CCCGGAUGCACUGUGCAUAAUAGCACUGAGCUGGGUGACUGAGAAAUAAAUAUUGCACGAAUAUCACUCUGUCAACGCGUUUAUCAGCUUUGAAACAAUGAGCGGGAUACCCGGGACCGCUGUCGUCCAGGUCACCAACCUGUCCUCGGCCGUGAGCAGCGAGCAGAUGCGCACUCUGUUCGGUUUCCUGGGAGACAUCGACGAGCUGCGGCUCUACCCGCCAGAUAAUGCCCCUCUGUCUUUCUCGUCCAAAGUGUGUUAUAUAAAGUACCGAGACCCGUCCAGUGUUGGUGUGGCGCAACAUCUCACCAAUACUGUUUUUAUUGACAGAGCUUUGAUAGUAGUGCCAUGUGCGGAAGGUGAGUGCAAACACACAAAAAUGAAAUGUCUAAGUUCCCUCAGUGGACUUGCCAUGGCCUCGUCCCCUUGA